UCUCGCGCACGGAACCUGCGCCGGCGGCGCCGGCAGCCACCCGGACCGCAAUCGGCGCUGGAGCGGGCACCCGGACGGCAAUAGGAGCUGGAGCGCGCCCCGCUCGCACACGCAGGGACAGCUUGGCAUUAUCGUUAUGGAUCGCUCCCGACACCGUGCGGGAAAUGGCAAUGAGCAGGCGCCUUCCCGGGAGCGCAGCGGCGAAGGUGAGAGACAGCGGCAGCUGGAGCGCCUCAGCAGGGAGGAGGCCUAUUACCAGUUCAUUAACGAGCUCAACGAGGAGGACUACAGGUUAAUGAGGGACCGAAACCUGCUUGGCACUCCUGGAGAAAUAACAGCAGAAGAGUUGCAGCAACGUUUGGAGGGGGCUAAGGAGCGUCUGACAUCGCAGUCUCAUCUGGAUAACAGAGAAGGUGAAGGUAGAACUGUUGGAGAUUCUGAAGUUCUUGGGGAAAACUCCAACGGCGACUCUUUGCUUGAAUGGCUUAACACAUUUCGUCGCACAGGAAACGCCACUCGCAGUGGGCAGAGUGGGAACCAAACCUGGAGAGCUGUGAGUCGAACGAAUCCAAACAGUGGGGAGUUUCGCUUUAGUCUCGAAAUCAAUAUAAAUCAUGAUCAUAACAGUUUUGAAACUUCUGGUGAGGAGUAUGUUGAUAUAGAUGCUACCAGACUGUACGUAGAAAGAAGACGUCAGCUAGUUGGCACUUCAGUAGCCCCACGGACAAGGAACAUGGUUGCAAGAGAGGCAAACAACGAAGCUGCAAGGACCAGGCUUUUAAGACGUGCCAUGGCAUUAAGGUCAGAAAUAGUCUCUCAUGCAGUCUCAGGGAGGCUCAGGAGUAGAACGAGGGAGCUGACAGGCCAGACAAAUAGUACUACACGAAACAAUUCCGUGGCUGCUGAUGAACCAAGAGAAAUGCCAGAAAGAGGUACUUCUCCAGGGGUCAGAAGGGGUAGAGCUAGAACUAAUGUCCGGAUGAAUACAAACCAAAGACUAGAAAUUUUGCGGCUGAGGUCUACCCUAAGCAGUCGAAGCCGCUCCCCGCUGCAAAGGCAAGGUGAUGCUGCUCGUUCUGAGGAACGUGGUCAGAGGCAGGAUAGAAAUGCACAGCAGGUCAACAGAAGUAGGAGACAAACAGCUCAGGCUUCUCCACAGCCUACCGAGCAAGCAAGAGGUAACACUCAGGCUCCCCAGCUUUCCAGUGUAGCCCCAUCCUUACGAACAACUUCGGAAGAGGAACAACCUGGUAGGCCAGUAGCUGCUGCCAGAAGGCACCCUACAAUUACACUAGAUCUUCAGGUGAGAAGAAUUCGUCCUGGAGAAAACAGAGACCGGGACAGCAUUGCCAGUAGAACUCGUUCUAGAGUAGGAAUGUCAGAAAACACAGUUACCUUUGAAAGUGACAGUGGGGGGUUUCGGCGCACGAUAUCCCGCUCCGAACGUGCAGGUAUUCGGACCUACAUUAGCACUAUACGGAUACCUCUCCGUCGGAUUUCAGAAACUGGGCUUGGGGAACCUUCAUCAGUGGCUCUUCGAUCAAUCCUUAGACAGAUAAUGACAGGCUUUGGAGAACUGAGUUCUUUAAUGGAAACUGAAUCUAAUUCAGAAGUGCAAAGAGGCAGCCAUCACUUAGGGGAUGCACAGAAUAGCUCAAGUUCAGCGAACAGCAGUGAUCCCAGUGGGGUUUUGUCUAGAAAUGGACACGCAGUAGAUGGCAGCAGGGAAAGAAAUGGACAGAGGGGUGGUAGUCAACGCUCUGGGCGCAAUCACGAGAACCAAGACAACAGGCAGUCUCAAGAUGCAAACAACCUAGUGGAGAACGGAACGCUGCCCAUCCUUCGACUUGCCCACUUCUUCCUGCUGAAUGAGGAUGAUGAUGAUGAUCGUUUAAGAGGUUUAACCAAAGAGCAGAUUGACAAUCUUUCUACACGGAACUAUGGGGAUGUUCACACCGAAAAUGAAUGGAGUAAAACGUGCAGUGUUUGCAUUAAUGAAUAUGCAACAGGGAAUAAGCUAAGGCAGUUACCUUGUACGCAUGAGUUUCAUAUUCAUUGUAUUGAUCGCUGGCUUUCUGAAAACUCCACCUGCCCAAUUUGUCGGCAGCCAGUUCUGGGGUCUAAUGCCACAGAUAAUGGCUAGAAUUGUUUGUACUGCUCAGCACUCAAGGAUUUGCUCCUGCUCUCUUAUGAGCCAGAUGAAAUUCGUUAACUUAGAUAUGGGUCCAUUUGUGGGGGGAGUUUUGUUAAAUUUCUUCAAAAAUUAUAGAAACUUAUCUAAAUCUAACAAUGUAAAUACUAUUUUUUCCAAGUGCAGAUCUAGGAGCACACAUAGAACCAAAUGAUAUUGGUAAAGUUUAUAUUUUUUUAGAUAAUUUUGUUAUGCUAAGCACUUUUGUAAAUACAGAAAUGCAAUAGUUAAUCAGUCCUGCUUAAUGUAUGUUUUUUAACAUUGUAAUGGACUUGCUUUAUUUAGAUGACAAAAUGUUUCACACAGACCCACCACUGUGUUGAAAAAAUAGUGGCUAAAUAGCCAUUUGUUAGCUUUUUGUUCUAAGAACAAUUUCUUUUACAGAGAGUCUCUUGCUGGACAUGUUUGCUGAAGAUAUUUAAGUUACUUGAAGUGCUCAUUUUAUUAAUUUUUUUUAACCAUUGAAAUAUCCUUUCCAAAAACUUGCCAAUUUGGUUCUAUUUAAAAAAUUCUAUGGCAAUUUUUGCAUGUGGGUUUACACAGUUCUUAACGUUGAUGAGUUCUUAUUCAGAAGUGGAUGAGUUAGUGGCAUUAUGAAAUGUAUAUAAUUAAAUGCUGUCUUUGACAAUCUUUGUCUUUUUAGUGCAGACAGCUAUCAAAUCUGAUAAUUCCGAGAGGGUGUGUCUUACUUGCUCAAAGAAUAAAUGAGCACUAAGGAAGCCUUUUUACUCUUCCAAAUUACUCAAUCAAUAUUCCGGGGGUUUUAACUGCCUUAGUUUAAAGAGGGGAAACAUUUCCUUGACCGUUAUAUUGUCUAUCAUAUGCAUGUUUUGGGCAUCCUACUCAGAAGAACAAAACAAAGACUUGAAGUGCUUUUGUACAGAAAUUUAAGGUACACAUGUAGUGUUAGUCCUCUUGAAACAUGCCUGAGGACAAAGUGGCAAAAGACACUAAAAAGGACAAAAUAAAUUUCCCUGGAAAUCCCCAGUAUCUGUAUAAUUAGUAUUAAACUUUAUA